AUGUGCCUCACCAAUGCGCUCGAACGGGUUCCAGACUUUAAAGAUAUUGUCCGGGCGGCAGCAACAUUUGUCGCAAUAGCCACACCGCACUCGAAGUCUGACGAUCCAAGGGAAUGGAACCAACCGCAACUCCUUGCUGGGAUCCGAAGUUAUCGUAAAAGAGGGCCUCCGACGACUGCCGAGGAUGCAAGGCAAUUGGCAAGCUUGUGCCGUCGAUUUGAAACGGUGGUGACUAAUCUGCACAUUUUGACGAUCUGCGAAGCAAAGGAAACGCCUAUCAAAAGUAUCUUCGUUAGAGUAUCCAAAGGAUUGAUUGUACCCAGGGACAACUGUAGAAUAAACUCACGCCUCGAGGAAUUCAUCGAAAUUAAUGCCAACCAUCUCGAAAUUUGCAAUCUGACGACUGCUGAUCACCUGGCAAGGUGGGUCCGAAAUGGUGUAAAUGCAGCCUCGGCACGCAUCCCCAGAGAGCUCCCUGAAGAUCCAACUCCUACAGUCUUGAGCGAAUCUACCAAGGCAGACCACGAUGCGGAAGACCUCUUAUGGAAUGCAAGAGCUACCGGUAAAACUAGAGACACUAGCAAUCAAGCAACAGAAGAAUUUAGUGCCUCUAAAAAGGACGGCCGUCAAUUCCUGUCGGAUUUUGCCAUGACUAAAAGAGACCCCUGUCUUCCGUGCCAUAUCAUCCCCCAGGCUCAAAAUAGGGACUUCUAUGGUAGGGAGAAUAUUGUCAACCUGAUCGAAUAUCACUUAGCGCCGAUAGAUGAGAAUGGCAAACCAAAAAGAGACCUGAAGACAUUUGCUCUUUGUGGUCCAGGUGGCAUAGGAAAAACCCAAGCAGUCACGGAAUACGCAUAUACUCACAGGGACAUGUACGAAGCAAUACUCUGGGUUCAUGCCCAGGAGGCAACUAUUCUAGCUGAUGAAUUCAGUCGUAUUGCUGAAACCCUAGGCCUUGUUUUGGAGGGCACCGCCGACGCAAGAGACCAAGUAGUGACGCGCGAACUUGUGAAAGGCUGGCUGGCAAAGCCCGUAAGAUCGUACAACAGCACCGACAACAAAUCUGAUGACGAAGUUUCUUGGCUGUUAGUUUUUGACAAUAUGGACAACGCGGAUCUAAUAUCAGAAUACUGGCCGCCAACGGGCAGCACUGGCUCUAUACUGGUCACGAGUCGCGACACCUUGGCAAAAACACUGUUCUACCAGAUCAACGACGGCAUAGAUCUACCACCUUUGAGUAAUGAUCAUGCAGCAAACCUUCUUCUUAAACUGACGUGGCGUGAGGAAGAUAUUGAAGAGCAAAAAUCAAGUGUUGCGGUGGCGGAGAAGCUGGGUGGAUUGCCGCUGGCGCUCGUACAAAUGGCGGGCGUCAUGAUUCGACAAAGCCUUUCCUUUGCGGACUUUCUGAAACGAUACGAAGAGGAAGAGACACACGAUUCGCUUUUCAGCCUCUCUCUCCAACCAAGCCAUAAACGUAUGAACUAUGCUCAUACCCUAGCAUCCGUUUGGUCCUUGGAGGAUUUGCAACAUAGUUCCGGUCUUCUGGAUGUGAUGGCUUUCUUCGAUCCAGACGGCAUUCCUGAAAAAUACCUUCUUGAAAUGGUAGGAAAAGCACAGCUUCCAGGCUAUCCGCAAACCGUGACAGCAUAUCAGGACGCUAGAAGUGAACUUUUGAAAUCUUCCUUGGAUGCGUCAAACUUAACCAUUCAUCGACUGAUCCAGGAUGCUGCGAGAGCAAAGAUGCAACCAGAUAGAGCAACAGAAGUGUUUUCCACAGCAGUUGACAUGCUAUGGACACUGUGGCCAGCCUCAGAACCUGGUGUUCGCCAUCAUAUAGCUCGCUGGAAAGAUUGUGAGAUGUUGGCUCCCCAUAUACUGCGACUAAGAGAUCAUUACAUUCGAGCCGGCAAAGCACUAAAGUUGAGGUGGGUGGUGAAAAUUAAUUUUCCGUUGCUAAUGAAUGAGCUGGGCUGGUACUUUCAGGAGCGGGGCUACACGCCUAACGCUCUCGAGUGUUAUGAAAUUGCGCAGAGUAGCGUUGAGCAUAUCAUCAAUACCCAUAAUCAACAGCAUACUGUCUCGAAACUUCCGGAACCUGCCGGCGACCGUGCUCUUUGGCUUCUUGCAGAGAUCCACAACAAUACCGCCGGCGCAGCGGUAGAAUACAAUGACGCCGACCUAGCAUUACAACAUUUUCAGAUCUACAACAAGAUGUUUGUUACUGAACAUGAGGGUCAGACUACAGUAGUGGACUCGCGACUGACAAGCUCGUUCUUCAACGUGGGGUUGAGCUAUGCUAUGAGAGGGGACUAG